GGUUUGGAAGGUGUCAUACAGCAGCAAAGUCAGGGGUGUGUGGGCCUCUGAAACUCCUCCACCUGCGGAAUCCACUGUUCCCACCUCCGAGAGGAUCUACAAACACAUACAGGAAGAGAUGGAGCGGCAGAGAGAGAGUUACCAGAGGGAGAUGACAGGCCUGAGAACCGACAAACAGAGACUGGAGGAGAAGGUUCUAGAGCUCAACCGACAGAACCAAGAGAACACAGACAGAAACGUUCUAGAACACAACCAACAGAACACAGACAGAAACGUUCUAGAACACAACCAAGAGAACACAGACAAAAACGUUCUAGAACACAACCAAGAGAACACAGACAGAAACGUUCUAGAACACAACCAAGAGAACACAGACGAGAGAAUCCGGUCAGAGUGUGAGGAGCGCCUGAGGGCGGAGCUUAAGGCGGAGCUUGAUGCGGCUGUUGCCACGAGCAACCAGAGAGAGCAGGCUGCAGACUCACCUAGCCGAUCUCCAAUCACAGGUAAUCUACUCAACUAG